UGUAAGUAAUUGUUUGUAGUGUGUAUUGUUUGUUGUAAACAUGGAAUUUGUUGAAAGAUAUGUAAACAAAUAUGCUUCAGCUGAUUACAAUUCAUGUGCAGAUGAGUCUUUGACACAUCAGUUUAAAAGUCUACUGACACAGUGUCAAAGUUACAACAAUAAAGUAAAAUGUAAUCAUCUUGCAAAAAUGGUAAAGAAAAUUAAAAUGGCCAAUGAAAUAUUAGCAUUAUUAAAGAUGAAAGUUAUUGCUGAGAAUAAGGCAGAACAGUGGAGAAAUGAGAAGGUCCAGUUUAGAGAAGACUUGGAAAAGUUUGGUGAGUCACUUAUUGUAGCAGCUAGCACUUCAGAAGAGAAUAUUUCAGAAUUAGAAGAACUGAGGGAGAAGGUAGAACUGUUAGCUAAACAGAAUGAUUUGUUAGAAGAAAAGUUGAAGGAUUGUGAGGAGAGGUGCAGGCUCAGAGAACAAGAGGUGAUAUCUUUAGAAAGCAAGGCUGGAUAUGAACUAAAUGUCCCAGUAAGUGUCUGCCCUGUUACUGAGCAAGAGAUAAAAGAUGGAGAACAAGGUAUAAGACCACAAACAUUACCUAGUCCAACUCUCUUUAGCCCCCAAUCAGAAUGUGCUAGACAACGGAUCAAUAAUACAUAUGUGUCAACUGAUAAUAAUAUUCAUUCAAACUCAGCAGCACUGAAAAUACAAGAGGUUAUAAGUUUGACCCAGAUAUUGGGAACGUUUGACACUAAUUUAUCCCCUAUUAGCCUUUCCAAUAAAUUGGAAGCCGUGGUCAAACAAUAUAACCUUGGAAAUAAAGAUGCAUGUGCCUUGCUUAGAGCAUGGCUCCCAUAUCAGUUGGCUGCAGAACUUAGGCCUCCGGUUGGUAAGCACAUUGGGACAUUGUCCAAUAUCAAUGAAAAUUGGGGAGGUACCACUGAAAGGUUAAGAGAGUUGCAAAGGAUUUUGGGUGGGCGUGAUAUAAGAGGUACAAAUGCAUUGGAGAAUGCAAGGUAUAGGAAAGGAGAUGAUCCAAUGUUAUUUUGCACUGAUUAUCUCUCCCUAUAUAAAGUUGUAUUCAACUGCCCUGAUAUGUUGCCAGAUGAGCCCAAUUUCCUCUACUCAAUGGCAAAUAAAUGUAAUGUUGAUUACAACACAAGAACUGCCCUUAGGUACGCCACCUCAUACAACAAUUUUAUAAAUACACUUAGGGAUUGGUCUCAGGAGUCUUUUGAAUUCCAGAGACAUAUUUCUGUUGCUUCUAAAAACAACCAAAGCAGGAGAUUUCCACGGAAAUGUUACAGUUGUGGUAAGUAUGGUCAUAUUGCUCGAUUUUGCAGAACUUCUGCCAAUCAGCAUGAUACUUACCCAAUCCAUUCAAUACAGAGACAAGAGGGGGAUGCACAGGAAAAUCUAAAUGAUUAUCUCCUAGACCAUAGCCCUCCCUCAGAGCCUGAAACUGUUGUCUCCUCUGAUAACAUAGACACAGGUUCCAGUAGUGCAGGAGAUCAAAAAGAGAGCCAAAAUGAGCCCAAAAGGGAAUUUCACACACCUCCCUGUAAAACAGGAAAAGAAGGGACAACUGCCCCACCCUUUAUGCCUUGGGUGAACAUUCCACUGUGGCUUUACAGCAGUUGGUCUCACAUUGCUAUGCAAAUGCUAAUGGCCAAUUUAGCACAGUUUGCCCAGGGUGUACCAAACACAAAUUUGCCUGUUUUCUAAUGACAAGGAAUGUGAUGGAAUUAAAACUAGAUAUGGCCAUGACCACUGUAUAAUGGAUAUGUACUAUGUUAUUUGUAAUGUUAUGUAUAUUAAUUAUAUGUAUGUUUCUUUUUCAGAGUACUAGUGGAAGAACGAUUGUCCAUUUAUCCUGUAAAAUGAAGAAGAUACUGUGAUUUUAAAAUUGAUUUUUUUUUCAACAGGUUGUAGAUUUGUUUUAAGGAGCACAGCACCUGAUGAUUUUGUGUCUUACACUAAAUAACCCUGAUUAACUGGAUAACUGUUUUUAAAACCACGUGGUACAAUCAAUGAGCUCAAUAGUAAAAUAAUUGUUUGCAAACAAUUUAAAAAACAAUAUUUAAACUCAAUAACAUCUCUUCACAAUA